GACAUUGUGGACGAGGUUGAAACCGAAAUUGCCAAGCGCAAUUUGAAGUUGGAACGUCAUGGUAGCUCAAGUAAGAAGCCCAGACUUGAUACAUUCAACGAUGUUUUCUGUAACAGUGACAUGAUGUCAAAGAUAAAAGAUAUCACUUCCAGAUUGAAAGAUUUAGAGCCUCAAAAAAAUAAGCUGCAACUGAGAAUGAUUGACUGCUCGAAAUCCAACAGAAUAAAAGAAAGGCAGCAGCCUACUUCUCUGGAGAUCGAAACUCAGGUGUAUGGCAGAGACAAAGACAAGAAGACAAUACUUGAAUUGGUCUUCAACGGUGAUGAUGACGGAAAUUUUGUGAUUCCCAUCGUUGGAAUGGGAGGGAUCGGUAAGACAACCUUGGCCCAACUUGUUUACAAUGAUGCUACUGUUCACGAUCAUUUUGAUCUCAAAGCAUGGGUUUGUGUUUCUGAUGAUUUUGAUGUCACAAGAAUAACAAAAGCAAUUUUCCAAGCAGUCACUUCAGAGCCAUGUAAUGACAAUGAUUUGAAUUCUCUUCAAGAAAAAUUAAAGAAUAAGUUGUCAGGGAAAAAUUUUUUGAUCGUUUUGGAUGACGUCUGGAAUGAGAAUUAUCAUGACUGGACCAUUUUACAAUCUCCUUUUCUAACAAGGACUCCGGCAAGCAAAAUUAUCUUGACAACAAGAAGUUUUGCUGUUUCAUCUACAAUGGGUGCUUCUUUUGCUUAUUCUUUGGAAGUUUUGUCAGAAGAUGAUUGUUUGUCUGUAUUUGCUCAACAUGCAUUGGGAGCAAAAGAUUUUGAAGGACAUCCAAAUCUAAAAGAAGUUGCUGAGAAAAUAGUUAGAAAGUGUAACGGCUUGCCUUUGGCUGCUAAAACCCUUGGAGGCGUGGCUCGUACUGAUAUUGACCUUGAAGGUUGGGAAAAAAUAUUGGAGAGUGAGAUAUGGAAGCUAUCAGACCAUCGGUUUGACAUAAUUCCAGCUCUCCAAUUGAGUUACCAUCAUCUUCCUCCACAUUUGAAGCGGUGCUUUGCAUAUUGCUCCAUUCUUCCUAAGGACUAUGAAUUUCAAGAGAGAGAAAUAAUCUUGUAUGGAGGGCAGAAGGCUUUUUACAAGAAGCAAGAGAUAAGCAUAUUUGAGGGCAUUGGUGAAGUGCAACAUUUACGUACUUUUUUACCAUUUUCGCUGUCAAAUUUUUGGAGUUGCUUUGUAACCAAUAAUGUUCUAACACAUUUGUUGCCAAUUUUGAGAUGCCUAAGGGUGCUUUCUUUGAGAGGGUAUCAAAUCUCGAAAUUACCGGAUUUUAUUGAAGAUUUAAAACACUUACGAUACCUAGAUUUUUCUUGCACUCAAAUUAAAUGCUUGCCGGAGUCCGUAAGUAACCUCUAUAAUUUAGAAACCCUUUUAUUAAGGGAGUGUGAGAUGCUUGAAAAGCUACCUUCAGAUAUGGAAAACCUAGUCAACCUAUGUUAUCUUGAUAUCCAAGGUGCAAAUAAAUUAGAAGGCAUGCCAAGUAAUAUUUGCACGCUAAGUGAUCUUCAAACACUAUCCAAUUUUGUUUUGCAAAAGGGCAAAGGAUGUCAAAUAAGAGAGCUAGAUGCUUUAUCAAAUCUCAAGGGUCAACUUUAUAUUUCAGGGUUGGAGAAUGUGGUUGAAACUCAAGAUGCAUUGAAGGCUAAGUUACAUGAGAAAUCAGGACUGGAUAAGUUAGAAUUGAUGUGGAGUGAAGACUUUGGGAAUAGAAAUGGAGUAAUCGAGACACAAGUGUUGCAUUUGCUUCGUCCUUCAGAAAAACUUAAGGAGCUUCGCCUCAAGGGCUAUUAUGGUGUGAGGUUGGUGGAAUGGAUAGGAGAUUCUUCAUUCAAUAAGUUACUAUCUUUAUAUCUUGAAUAUUGUCCAAAUUGCACAUCAUUGCCAUCAAUUGGGCAAUUGCCAUUGUUGAAAAAAUUAUUCAUCAAUAGAUUGGACAAUGUAACUAGUGUGGGUGUUGAGUUCUUUGGAAUGAAUGCGCCAAAUGCAUUUCCUUCAUUAGAGAGUUUAGAAUUUAGAGGCAUGCCUAAAUGGGAGAAUUGGAACUUUUGUGAAGUUAAUGAGGAAGCUAAGAAGUUUUCUAAUCUUCGUGAGCUUCGUAUUGUGAAUUGUCCGGAGCUGUUGGGGAGUAUACCAGAAAAUCUUCUUUCUUUGGAGAAACUUGUGACUUGGAAUUGUAAGAAAUUGGUGAUUUCAAUUCAAAACCUUCCAAUGCUUUCGGAAUUGGAUGUUCAAGGGUGCCAGGAGAUAGUGUAUAAAGGUUUUGUGGACCACAGCUCAUUAAAAAGAGUCUGUUUUUCAAGAAUUCCUAAAUUUACAUGUGCAGCAGAAUGGUUGACGUUAGGAUCAAUAAAAGUGGAAUCCCUUAAGAUCGAAGAUUGUGAGGAAUUGUGCUCUUUGCAAGAGAACAGUUGGGGAUUGCUAACUCAGUCGAUGUCACUUGGUGAAUUGAGUAUUGGAAAGUGGUCGCAACUUGUCUCCAUAGGGGCAGAGGAGGAAAGAGAAGAAUUGAUGCAAUUGAAGAUCCCUUGCACCAUUCAAAAAUUGACAAUAAGGGAUUGUGAAAGGUUAGAAAAGCUAUCAACAACCUUGCACUACAUCUCAUCACUUAGGGUGCUACAGCUUUGGUCUUGCCCAAAUCUGCUUUCUCUUUCAAACUACAAUUUGCCUUCGAAUCUUAAAAGCCUGGUGAUUGUUGGUUGUACAAAUAUACGGUGUUUGUUGGAAGAGGGAGAGAAUGUUAACCUCAGCAGUGCAUGUCUUCUUGAACUGUUGUAUAUUGACAAUUGUCCAUCUCUGGUAUCUUUAUCAUCAAGAGGGGAGUUACCCACGAGGCUUAAACUACUGGAAAUAUACAAUUGUGAAAAGCUAGAGUUCAUAGCUGAAGAAAUUCAAGAUAACUCUUCUCUUGAAGUAUUAGGAUCCUUGGGUGUAGAAAUAUUAAGUAUUUACCUCAAGGCCUGAACAAGCUCAGCCAUCUCCAG